CAAAUAUCAAUAACAAUUCUUCAAAUGAAAGUAUUAAUUUUUUUAAUUUAUGCGAGGUUUAAGGCGUUCUGUUCCUCUGUCAACACCGCAAGACACGCCACGCCGUCUUCACUUCUUCCGCACAACGUGAGUGUUAUUAACGCUGCUGCCGAUAAGCAUUCUGCACUAUUAUUUCCUAGGGAGUGCUUUUUAGCCAAUAAUUAUGAUUUAAUAAAAAUGAUAAUCUUAUUUUAUCCAAUAACACCAACUUUCUAACUAAAUUUCAUUAUUGAGGAAGAAGAUGAUACAGGGUGGCUGUCAUAAACAAGCUUUUCUUAAGAUUUGUCAGAUUAUAUUCAUAAUUACGUAUAUUAUCCAUCGACCUUAUUUCAUUUUUUUUCAUAUUUAAAAUUAUUGUUACCAUCUUUAUUAUUUUAGUUUAGGGCAUGGUUACUUAAUUACGAGUUUACUUCAUUUACUCUGUAUAGUUUAAUGUUAUUAAUAUUUUAUGUAUUUCAUUCUAAAUAUCAUGUUUUAGCUAUUUACUAUAUAUAUGUGAGUGUGAUAACUGUUAACUUUAGCUUUGUUGUGAUGAAAAUCAUAUAUGUUACGAUGCCGCAGUUUUGUUACCCAUUAAUUAUUACAAAUUUCGAUAUUCCAAACUAAAUAAAGAUAGUUGUAAUUGACGUAGAAGCUCACAAUAAAGAUAUUAGGAACCUAAAUAAAAACAACAUCUAUACAAGUUCUCUAUCUCCAAAUAAUCAUCAUGAUGUUAUACACCUAUCAGCACCUAUUCAAAACUUAAAUAACGAUAUAAAUCAAUCACUUUGUAGAAUUCAACAGCAUCCAUUGGCUCAAUUACACUCACUUCCUUACCAGCAUUUGCAGAUAAAUUAUGAUGGAAACAGCUCUCAUGAACUAUCACCAUUAUAUCAAAACUCAACCUUACAAAAUUAUUCACCUACACUUGGAUAUUCCAGUCCUUUUUUGCAGUCACUUUCACCAGUGGAGCAAACAUCAAUACAAAUUCCAUCGACUUCAUCUCCUCCUCCAAAUCCACCAACUCCUCCUCCUCUACCACCUCCACCUAGAGAAAGAAGAAAACAUAUAACAAAUGAUGCAAAUGAUGUCCCACAUUUUCCUAUUAAUGAUUAUGAAUACUAUAAAGAGAUUGAACAACUUUUAGUGAUGGACAAAUAUCCUGAAGGAGUAUCUGAAAAUUACAAAAAGCAUUUAAGGAAGAGAGCUCGACAUUAUUUGAUAAUUAACGGUGCAUUGUUUCACAAUCCUAAAAAACCUAAAAAAGUUGUUAUGAGAAAAUUAGAACAAAUUAAUCUGCUGGAAAGUACUCAUGUUACACCUGAGAACGGCAUUCACCUUGGUAUAACAAAAAUGUUAGAUAUGAUUCAUGGUGAAUAUUUCUGGCGUGGUUUAUAUGAAGAUGUUGCAAAUUUUGUAAAUAACUGCCCCAAGUGCCGGGAUAGCGUUGAUCUGGCUCAGCGUAAAGAAAAGGAAUUCAGACGGCUUGGAGAAGAUUUUAGUGAUGAUGAAAUGGAAUUCGCAUACGCUACUACUGCUGUACAAACAUCUUCUAAUGUUUGGACCAGGGUGGAAGUUCAAGUUCAUGGACCAUUUAAAAUUACAGAAAGUCGAAAUGAAUAUGUGAUUACUAUAACUGAUCCUGAAUCCUGCUUUGUGCAUGCUGCACCUCUCCCUCACACUGACUGUGCUAAAAAGUCUACAGAAUUUAUUUUGAAGACGUUUUAUACUUUUGGUUUUCCUCAGCCAUAUUUUAUAAGUGACAAAAAAUUGUAUGAAGAAGUUUCUGUGGAAUAUGAUGAAAGAUUAAAACAAACUGCAUGGAAAACCAAACUCCACUGGCUUGAGAAUUCAGAAUGCCCGUGGGUUUCACAAUUAGCUGAACUUCUUAUUGUGAGAAAAGCUGACCGUUGGGACAAAGAAAUGGAUAAAUUCAUGUUUCAGUUUAGGGCAGGAUUCAUCAGAGAUUCUCCUUCACCUAAGGAUUCCGUACCAUUUUAUUCAAUGUUCCAGAGACUGCCUUAUACUGAUGAUAAAGAGAAUUCUGAGUUGUGGAACAGAGGAAAACAUCAACUGCAGUGUGCUGAAUGUGAUGACAUAUUUACAUCUAAAGUAGCUCUCAGGCUUCACAAAAAAAAGCAUCUUCUUGAAGAAGCUAGGAAAACAUCUCUUCUUGAAUAUGCAUUAGAAAAACAUGAAUCACAAGAAGGAAAUGAAUUGGAAAAAUCAAGAGUUGAAGUAGCAAUGGGUGAAAUAAAAAAUUAUCUUGCUAAAACUAAAGAUAUCCGAAGGAAAAGGGGAAAGUAUCAAAGAUAUUCAGUUGAAUUACAAGAACAUAUGAUAGCUUAUGCUAAAAAUCAUGGCAUUAGGAAAGCAGCUACAUAUUUUUCUCAACUCAUUGGGUCAAAUGUUAGUGACAGUACAAUUAGGAAUCUUAUGAAAGCGAGUGUUAACUUCUUACCUCGAACUAAAGAAGAUAUAGCUCGUUACGCCAUUGAAUACGGUGUUGAUAAAGCUUCAAAAUAUUUCUCUGAAAUCUUGAAUAAAGAAGUUCCUGUAUCAUUAGUGAAUAAAUUUAAAAUUUUAUAUGGAAGUAAAUUUGUAAAGCAAGACAAAGAAAAUUCUGAAAAUCUUAAAACUAAUGCUAGUAAAAAAAACAUUAAUAAUUUAACUGAUGAAGAAAAAGAAAGUAUUGGUGAACACGCUUGUAACCAUACUAUUGAGGAAACUAUUAAUUUUUUUCUUAAAAAUAAGAAUAUUAAACUUAAUGAAAGUGAUGUAAAAGAGCUUCAGUCACUUUAUUUAGGUAAACAACAGGGAACAAAUUAUAUUGUUAUGUCAAAUGAAAGUGUUAAUAUAGCAAAUGUUACAUAUCAGACUUUGCCUGCUGGCAGUGUUUGUUUUUCUCCAUCUGGUUCUAUUGUACAAAUUCAAGAUAAUUCAUAUUCUUAUGAAGAUGUUAGAUAUCAUUCGCCAUUACAUCAGGAAAACAUAAGGCAGGAAGAAAGAGUUGAAGAAUGCCCGGUUGUUGACCAUUUUUUGUUAGUUACUGAGGAAAAUCCAACAUGUGACGUAAGUAUUAGAAAUAAACCCGAAGAUUUUAGAAAACCACCACAAGAAUGGAGCAGUACUCAAGGCUUGCAAGAAAAUUGUGAAGAAGAAAGUCACACUUUCCAAGUGGAAGUUUCUUCAACCCCUGAAAUUGUGGAAAAUGUUGAAACAAAAGAUAUUCCAUCAGAACAAAAAAAUCAUCCAAAGGAGUUAAAAAAAAAUUCAAAAAGGAAAGAAGGUGGUAAAAAGAGAGGUAGUUAUACUACAUACAGUCCAGAAUUGAGAGCAAAAAUAGGGAAAUAUGCUGCUGAGCAUGGCAGUCUAAAGGCAAGUAAUCAUUUCAGCAAGAUCAUUGGACAUGACUUACCUGAAAGUACUGCAAGAGGUUUAAAAGAAAGAUACCUUAACAAAGUCAAACAUUGCGAUGUUACAAGCCUUGGUUACAGCACCAGAGGUAGGCCACUGAGGCUAGGAAAGUAUGAUGAAGUAGUUCAAGAAUGUUUGAAAGAGCUUGUGAGGUCUGGAGAGAGAAUGACAUCCUUUUUAGCAAUUACCACUGCCAAACAAAUUCUUAAUAAACUUGAACCAAGUCUUCUCCAUGAAAAUGGAGGUACAGUUGUUCUCAAUAAUACCUGGGCAAAAUCAAUAUUGAAAAGGAUCGGAGUCAGAAACAAUUCUUAGUUAAUGAGAUUAGG